GGGCGGGAACUUUUACUGGUGCAUUGUGGGUAAGAUUUCGUCGGGCAGCCAUUUUGACCUCCAAACACGAAUAAUUUUGGAGGUCUGGAAAAAUUAGGAUUUCGUCGUAAAAUACCACAAAAAGAGCGGAGGCCAACAUGUGGUAUGAAAUCCUACCAGGCUUCGGCAUCAUCGUGGUCUGUCUGUGUGUUCCCGGGUUCGUCACACCUCGAAUUCAGAAGUUUCAGAACAAUGGAAAGCUGAAGAGAGUUGCAAAAGACUGGAAUGAGUGGUGGAUGAUGUCCAGAGACUACAGACUUACUGGUUCUCACUACAUAGGAAGGGGUCUUGAAGCCAUUCCUGACAAGCCCACCAAGAAGUAAGAAAAGCAACCCCACAGUGAAGGACAGCAGUUUCAUGGUGCCCCUCUCAACAGUCAUCUGUGUGCAGUGAACCAAUCACAUCAUGUGUACCAUCAGUGCGACUCAUCCACCAACUUUGUCUUGAAACAACUGCUGUUAUUAGUCGUCUUGUACAUAGAAUUCAGGUGUACUUCAAUAAAACAGUUUCACAGCCCAUUCA